AUGUUGUUAUGUAUUGUCAGGUAUGUGCUUGCUACGGCGGCUGUUGGAGCAGCCUACCUAAUACUGCAGCUUCCAUUCGCCAUAUAUUACGGUUGCACCGAAAAGCGGCUCAUAGGCGGCACACUGCUGCCGCAGUUCGACUUCUAUGCCGACAAGGUGGUGAGCUUGCUGCUGGCGUCGGGAGCCGGGGCCGGCUUUGCAGUGAGUAUCGAGCUGAAGAAGGUUUUGCCGGACGCUUUUGAUGCUAUUAUCGCUAUCGCCCAGGCCUCUGGAAAGGCUGAUUUGAUUGAAUUUGCCGACUUAUUCCAACAAGAGAAGUCUAAGACACCGGGUUUCUUUAACAGGGGAAUUAUUGCUUCUGGAGUUCUGCUUGGGGGAUGCGUUCUAAUGGCUAUUGUAUCUGUGCUUACUUCCAUCAACCGAUCCAAAUAA